GAACUUCUUGUCGACUUGCAAUUGGGACCAAGGACAAUGUCGUCGAUGCUGGAACUAUUUUCGACUACGACAUGGAUGGUGACAACAUGAAGGUAUCAGUGGACAUGGUUGCCAAUGGUAAUUGCUUCGUCUCUGUUCCAACAAGGGAAGGUAUGACUACCCAAGAGUUGGUUCACAAUUGUUAUGGCCUCGUCAUUUGGUCAUUCCUCUAGACGAGAAGGUAAUGUGUUUUCAACAGAUGGAUUUGGUUUAAAUAUAUUUCAUAUGGAUGGCAUUUUACGUUUGUGGCAGAUGAAAAGCGUGUACCAAGCUGAUCCGUGAUUACCGUCGUUGAUACUGAAUACAAAGAGAGCACCAAUUUUACUACGAUUAUUGCUAUGGGAACUUGAUUAUAUUGGGUCGAAGAUUCAAGUUCACGUACCUGCUAAAGUUUUUGGGUAUUAACGGAAAUGUUGCAUAUUCCUCGAGGCACUCCAAGAAUUUUGUCAAAUGCAGCUUAUAUCAACCAAUGCAUUGAUGCAUUCAUGUUUCAUCUCUACAAAGUGAUGGAAAAGAAAGUAACGUUGGGAUCCUACAAGUUUGCAGAUGCUGGCUCUGUUUCAGUUGGUAUAAGUAAAGAAGAUCGAGCACAGGUCUUGAAUGCUAGAUUACUUGGGACCGACCAUCGUCAGAUUUUGAUGUUUCUAUACAAUUCGUGGGCUUUCGACAUUUCGAGAAGGAAGAAGCCUGUUUGGACGAUAGUCAAGGUAUGAGGGGUGGGGAUUUAGUAGAAGAAAGAGAUAAACAUGCUUUAUGUUUUGCAACCGUAAUAUAGGUAUUUUGUUCUUCUUCUUUUUUUCUGAUGGAUAAUGUCCAAAGCAAGGUGGCAUUUUGGAGUGUGGUUAUUAUGUCAUACAAUUCAUGCAUGAU